UUCCGGUGAAUAUUAUUAUUUCCAUUUCAUAUCUCCAAUGAAGUCCUUUUUUGAUGUAAUCUUUUUGCCUGUACAUGUGGUCUACCUCAGAAUCGUAUUAUACAUAAGCCGCUUCCCAUAGCCGCAAGCCAUGUGUUCGCCUCCUCCUCUCAUUCUUUCUUCUUCUUCUUCUUCUUCAACCAAAAUCACAUUCUUCUUUGUCCUCAAAGGAUUAUCUCUUGAAGCUUCUGGCUCUGAUUCCAUUCCUGAGCUCUAUCAGUUUCUCUGCGGACGACGAGAGAAAAAGUGAAUAACUUGUAAAGGCGUAGCAUGGAGAAUAGUACAAGCCAUGAGAUUACAGAGCAUGGAUCGCCUGAAGUUCCAUCACUAAUUAAGUACAUAUCAUCAAAUGAAGUAGCUGGUUUUGAUCGCAUCGAUAAUGCUACAGAGUUACAAUUUCUCGCUUCAUCUGCUAAACAGGAAAGUCAAAAAGAUUUAGAAGGAGGCCAAGGUGAUGGAUCCGCUGUUAUCAAUCAUCAAAGAAAGAUUUCUGUUUCUAUCAGCAUGCCACUUUCUCCUGAAGAAGUUCAGUCACAGAACAAUUUGAAUGGUGAAACAACUUUAGGUGAUGGUACUCCAAAUCCCUCUUCUCAAUCAAACACUGAAGGAUCCAAACCAUCACGCCAAACAAAAUGUUAUUCUCAGCCAAUGCCGAAAGGCCAUGUGUACCCAGAAGAAACUGAUGGAAGAGUGAACCUUGGCCAGAAUCCACACGUGAACAGGUUGAAGGACAACAGGUUUGAUCCAUUCAAGACAUUUUCUGGGAAAUUUGAGAGACAGAUUUCAAUUCUCCGUGGAAAGUCUCCCAGAGUAGGGGCUGUACAACAGGACAAUAGCUCAAACAACACAGAUAGGCCUAUAACAGUUGAUAGAUAUUUUGAUGCCUUGCAAGGGCCAGAAUUGGAAACUUUACGGGCUUCAGAAGAGACAGUGCUUCCUCAAGACGAGAAGUGGCCAUUUCUUCUUCGGUUUCCCAUCUCAUCUUUUGGUAUAUGCCUUGGAGUUAGUAGCCAAGCAAUUCUAUGGAAAACACUGGCGACAUCUCCUUCCACUGAGUUUCUUCACAUAAGCCUGAAAGUAAACCUGGUCUUAUGGAUCAUCUCUAUCGUUCUUGUUGCAUCAAUUUUCACCAUGUACCUUCUCAAAAUCAUCAUCUACUUUGAAGCAGUUCGUCGUGAAUACUACCAUCCAAUCCGAGUGAACUUCUUCUUUGCUCCAUGGAUAGCUCUCCUGUUCUUAGCACUUGGAGUUCCUCCAUCGCUGUCCAAGUACUUGCAUCAUGCACUUUGGUACAUUCUGAUGGUUCCUAUCUUAUGUCUUGAGCUUAAGAUCUAUGGACAGUGGAUGUCUGGGGGUCAAAGAAGGCUCUCAAAAGUGGCCAAUCCUUCAAAUCAUCUCUCAAUUGUAGGAAACUUUGUGGGGGCAUUGUUGGGUGCAUCCAUGGGUCUGAAAGAAGGGCCUAUCUUCUUCUUUGCUGUGGGGCUGGCUCACUACACAGUUUUAUUUGUGACUCUCUAUCAGAGGCUCCCCACAAACGAAACUCUCCCAAAAGAGCUUCAUCCCGUGUUCUUUCUGUUCGUUGCAGCACCCAGUGUUGCUUCCAUGGCCUGGGCUCGGAUCCAAGAUUCUUUUGAUUAUGGAUCAAAGAUUGCAUAUUUCAUUGCACUCUUCCUCUAUUUUUCAUUGGCUAUCCGGGUCAACUUUUUCAGAGGAUUCAAAUUCUCACUUGCUUGGUGGGCCUAUACGUUUCCAAUGACUGGUGCAGCAAUUGCCACCAUAAGGUACUCAGUCCAGGUCACCAACGUAGUCACAAAGGGUCUGUGUGUGGUUCUGAGUAUCAUCUCAACACUCACAAUAACAGCACUCCUUGUAUCCACCAUUAUUCACGCUUUUGUGCUCAAGGACCUCUUCCCCAACGAUAUAGCCAUUGCCAUAAGUGACAGAAAAAGAAAAACACAUAAGAAUAAGUGGUUUCCUCUGAGACAUGGAAGCAGUGAGCACUCCAAAGUGAUUGAAAAUUUCUUGAAGUUUGCAAACGCAGAGGGAGAUGGCGACUUAGAAGCUGCUCUGAAACAACCUUCCGACUCUUUUGAGCAACAUUGAUUAUGUACACCAAGAUAUAUGCUCUUUUUUGUGUGCUUGUGAAGCUUUAAAGGAAUAAUGAGAUGUGAAGAAUCCUUCAGUGUAAUCUUCAUUUGUCAGACAUGUGAGGAACAUAAGUAGAUCGUGUGCUAUUCCCAUGACCAUGUCAGAAGAUGAAGGUUUUGUGGGAAAAAGGGGGGAUUUUUGUAGAAACGGUUCUUUAGGAUUACAUUGUAAAAUCCUAUACUUGUUAAUGUAUUUGAGAGUAAAUUUUGAGUAUUAUAUAAUAAUAAAUCGGGAAUUAUGAAUA